AUGGAUGCCGGCAGGCACGCUGUGGAGGAGUUUUCUACUCCCACCAAUACUUCGGCGUCUCGCGAAGAUGGAGUGCGGGUGUCCGCAACGGUACAUGGGAGCAGAAGGGGCUCGGUGGGCUGGGCCGAGACGGACGUGGCGAGGCAGUGCCAGGAGCUCCAACACCAGCUGACCAACGCCCUGGCAGCACUGGAGAAGCGCAAGAUCCAAGCCGAGAUGCUGCAGUCGGAGAUGGACUGCCUCAAGUAUGACAACGGCUCUCUGGAGGAGCAGCUUGGCUCUGCCAGGGCAGAAAUUGCAAGCCUCAAAAGCCUGAACCAGGACAUGGCCGUGGAGAUUGAAAAUCACAGGAUGCUGCAUAGGGAAGCUCAGCGCGACCUGCAGCAGGUGGAGGAGGCCAGGAUCGCAGCUGAAAGAAGAGAGGCGGAGUGCAGGGAGCAGCUCUCCUCCGUGCAAGAGGAUCUCAUGCAGUGCCAAGCGACGCUUGCACUGCGCACCCAGCAUCUCGAGAAGGCCAAGAAGGAUCUAUCGGCCGCGGCACAGGAUCACAAUGCCAUGGCAUCCAAGCUGGCUGAGGCCACUGCUUGUAUCCAGGCACUGGAAGCAGAGGCAUCGUCCAGCGCCGCGCAGCUGGAGACUCUGCAGUCUCUGCUGGAUGCAUCAUCGGUUGCAGCACAAGCCGCGGCAGCCGAUGCCACCAGCAAGCUCUCUGCUCUGCAGAACGAGCUGGAGCGGGCCACAGCUGGGCUGGCCGCGUCACAGGCUGAACUGGUUGACGCCAGGGCUGGGCUGGCCACUUCGCAUGUUGAAGUGGCCGAUGCCAGGGCUGAGUUGGUCACGGCAAAGGCUGAGCUGGCCAACGCCACAUGUGAGCUUACAAUGUCAAAGGCUGAGUUGGUCGAAGCCGGCGUCAGGCUUGAAGCCCAGGGGGACCAACGCGCUGCGCUGUCGGCCAGCCACCUGUCCGCCACCGUGCGACUGGCCGAGGCCGACAGCCGGGCGAUGCGGAUGGAGGCUCGGGCGGCGGAGGCUGCGGCGGCUCGGGACGCCGCGGCAGAGUCGGAGCGGAUCUCCCGCGAGCGGGCCCGGUCGCUGGCAGUGGCGCUGGAGACGAUGCGCUGUCAGGCCUGGGCCUGGGUUGAGGAACGCGCCGCGCUGGAAGAGAGCGUGGAGGAGCUGCGCGCCGAGCUGGCCGCAGAACGCGAGGAGCGGGAGGAGCGGCUGGUGGCCGCUCGCACGGCCGGCGCUGCGUGCCACGCGGCGCUGGCGUCGCACCUGCGCGAGGAGGGCGGGGAGGCCGCGGAGCAGCUGGUUCUGCAGUGCGGCGACCUGGCCGCCCGGCUGGGGCGGGAGAGCGCCGCGCUGCGCGCGGGGCUGGGCGCCGAGCUGGCGCGGGCCAAGGAGGCCGCGAGGCGGGAGGCGGAGAGCGCGGCGGCCUACGACGCAGCAGCCCUGGACCUGGAGCUCACGCUGUCGGGCGCCGAGCGCGAGGUGGCGGGGCUGCGGCGCCGGCUCGCCGAGUCGGAGGCGAAGGCACAAGAGAUGGAGGCGGAGGCGGAGCGUGCGCGGGUGGCCGACAAGGAAGCAGCGCAGGCACUGGAGGCCCGGGACUGGCAGGCGCAGGACCUCCUGCACCAGGGCGUGCAGGUGUCAAACCUGGUGGAGCUGGCGAAAUUCCAGUACUCCCGCUUGUGUGAGUUGGAGAGCGAGGAACUCAAGGAGAUGGCCAGCGCAGCGCCCAAGGACGCCCUGCCGGGGCUGCCUGCGGCAGAUGCCGCCUCUCCAGCCCGCCCACCAACUGGGCCUGAGGGCCGCGGCCCGGCUGACGCUGCGGCCAGUAGCCUGGAGGCCAAGCCGCGGCUGGACGCCUCGAGCUCCCUAGAAGCGGCCCUGCAUGCCAUGCGCAAGCUGCAGACUGAGCGGGACCUGCUGGUCGACAGCCUGAAGAGGAUGCAGCCGGCACUGCGUGAGGCGCAACGCCGUGAGAGGGAGACGGCUGCCAAGCUGGCCAGCAAGGAGGAGGAGGUGGCGGUGCUGAGGAGCGCAGUGGCCGCAGCCACUCCCCCGGCUCGCCCGCGCAUCCACCUCCCCGCCUCUGACACCUAUGAGGGCAGCGAGAACACGCCUCCCCCAGACUCCUUCCCCAGGGGGACCGCACGCGUGCAGACGCCAUCCCCGGGGCCCGUGCCGUUCUCCCCGUCGGCGUCGCAGAAUCUGGCGCCAGCGCAGCAGCAGCAGGACUCCCAAGGGAAGCUGAGCGCGCUGGGCCGCCUGGUGGAGAGGCGGCGAGUGAUCAAGACUCCCGUGGAGGACGGGAGGAAGAAGCGUUGGUCAUCAUUCAGCAUGGCGACGUAUGACCGUCUGCAGAGUCCCUAG